AUGGCCUCUCAAUCUCACUCUCAGGUUUUAGUAGAAGAGACAUCGAGUGUUAGAAUCUUGACACUAAACAGACCGAAGCAGCUUAAUGCUCUGUCCUUGAACAUGAUCACUCGGUUGCUUCAACUGUUCCUUGCAUAUGAGGAGGACCCUAGUGUCAAACUUAUCAUCCUAAAGGGUCAGGGAAGAGCUUUUUGUGCCGGUGGUGAUGUUCCAGCUGUUGUUCGUGACAUCAGACUAGGCAAAUGGAGACAAAGUGCUGAUUUCAUGUCACUUGAAUAUACUCUCAAUUAUGUUAUUGCCACUUAUAGUAAACCUCAGGUUUCGAUUUUGGAUGGUAUUGUCAUGGGAGGCGGAGCUGGUGUUUGCGUCCAUGGUCGAUUUCGUAUUGCAACUGAGAACACGGUUUUUGCCAUGCCGGAGACAGCGCUAGGGUUCUUUCCAGACGUAGGGGCCUCCUACUUCUUGUCAAGGCUCCCUGGAUUUUUUGGGGAGUAUGUUGGCCUCACAGGAGCUAGGUUAGAUGGCGCCGAAAUGCUUGCUUGUGGUCUUGCAACUCAUUUUGUUCCUUCAACGAGGCUGGCUGCCUUAGAAGCAGAUCUUUGUGGAGUUGGUUCAAGUGAUCCAGUUACCUUUGCCUCAACAAUUCUCGAUACAUACACUCAACAUCCAAAUCCGAAACAUCAGAGUGCUUUCCAUAGGUUGGAUGUUAUUGAUAGGUGCUUCUCCAGAAGAACAGUCGAAGAAAUUAUAUCUGCACUUGAAAUAGAGGCCACACAUAAAGCAGAUGAUUGGAUCUCAGCUGCCAUUGGAGCAUUGGAAAAAGCUUCACCAGCAAGUCUUAAAAUCUCUCUUCGAUCGGUUCGUUUCCAAGAUGCAUCACAAGCAUGCAAUGAUGGGAAAGAUAAGUUGACUGUGAAUUGUGUGUAUAAAUUUCAGAUAAGAGAAGGACGAUUGCAAGGGGUGGGAGAGUGUCUUAUUCGUGAGAAUAGAAUGGUGUCUCAUGUGAUGAAGGGAGCAAUAAGCAAAGAUUUGGUGGAGGGGUGUAGAGCAAUAUUGAUAGACAAAGAUAGGAGUCCAAAGUGGGAGCCAAGGCGACUGGAGGAGAUGAAGGAUAGCAUGGUAGAGCAGUACUUCAAGCGAGUUGAAGAAGAGGAUGGGUGGGAGGAUCUAAAGCUUCCUCCAAGAAAACACUUGCCUGCUUCAGUGAUCGCAAAGCUGUGAAGUUGACAAGGUGAUGAAGCUCAUCUUGCAUCGCGUAGACGGAAGCUACCCUCCAAAUCCUUAAUUAUUUCUAUGUUGCUAUAUUUCCAUGCUCGACACUAAAUAUAAACGAG